AUGCUCAUGGUUACGCGCACUGCUCGGCCGCAUGAAACAGCCGCCGCCUCGGCGAAACUGCGAUCCUCGUUCUAUCGGUUCGGGGAUGCCGGCGAAUGUGGUGAAAGUGGCGAGGAGAGCGACAGUGUAAUACCACCACUGUCGGGGCCGGGCUCAUCACCCAAGGCGCUCGUGCCGUAUGCGUCCAACGAUGCCCUGCCGCCAAAUCCUUGGCGGCAACGAACAACCGUGGGUGACUUGGAGAGGGCGCAGCGCACAAACCCCCGCGGUGUCGCACAGUUCAGGCCUGUCCUGCAAGCCGCUGAAGAGACCUUAGGCAGCUCAUUGAGUGAAUCAAAGCCACUGCUGGAGCCGUACCUCUACGCGCAGGAGCUGGCGCGCACUGCAACAGUGGAUGCAUGGCACUUGCGCCGCAGCCGAUACUUGCAGCGACUCCAAAACGGUGCCGCCACCCAGCGGGAGGUGUGCAUGGCGGACGGCGGCCCCCGGUGCCGCUCAAGCCGCCUUGACACGCGGAUGUCUGCCUUGCCGAGACUUGGCAGCAGUGAUGACUACUCCUCUAACAAGCGCCAUAAUCGGAACGCGGCUGAAAAGGGCGGCCUCGACAGUCACCGCGCCCGCACAUCGUCCACAACGCCAACAACGCUGCCGCUUCUCGCACCAUCCUCGCCGGUGGAGUCGCCGGAGAUCACGAAGGAGUCCACCUUCAGCCGAACGGACGCCAGUGCAUCCGGGUGGCGAAUGAGUAGUGGUGCCAACGACGCGUCUCCGCUGCUCAGCGGAGCAAACCCAAAUGUGCUGGCGGUGCGCUGCCUCUUUCAGGCAGCCCGCAUGGAAGCAGCAGCUGCGGCGGCUGGCAACGCCGGCUGGGCGGCGCCGUCAUUCCCAGAGCCAGCUGAUGAGAUUGUGUUCUCUCUCUCCGCGCAGAGCACGAGCGACAGUCACCGGCAGCAGCCGCGCGCAUUCCUGACGUACAAGCCAACAGGGACACGCCUCAAGGGCCGCGCAGACGCCAUGCCCUCGGACUGUGGGGAUGCUGCCGGUCCGAAAGCUGACACCGACACGCUCCCAAAGGUUGCCGCUGCUUCCGGAGCUGCCAGCGCCGCACCUCUGGGAUUGCUGGGCAACUUGUUCAUCGACGACGCCACACGCGCGUUCUUUGGCUGUGGGGACACAGAUCGCAACGAGGAGGAGCUCGUGGACACCUCCCAUUCUACGGUGACGCCACCGUCCGAGCACGGGCUGCCCGACAUCCUGCGCGAUCGAAUGCACCAGCGGGUCGCCACCUUUACUUCCUCUGCAAAGCACACGCUGGAUGAGCCUCCCAUGACGGCGAAGACACACGCGAUUCUGGGAAAAGCUCGGCUGGCCAUCAACACAUCCACGCAGGCCCUUCUAAUCCAAGCAGAAAGGUCGGAGAGACGCUCACGAGCCGUAGCCAGCGGCGAAGCAUGGCCGGCACAGCCGGCGUCUGCAAUAUCUCAGAAUCUUGUGCGAGCGAUGCGGCAGCUUCUCUAUGCGGAGGAGUACGAACGCGGCCUGCUGUGCCAGCUCGCCCAGCAGUCCUCUCCGACUCGUUGGUACUCGACGCUGCUGCCCAACGGCAGCGACGGCAUUCGCUUCCGCCUCCUCAUUCCACCGACCAUGACCGAUGACGUAGCCGUGCAUGACCGCCUCUACGGUGCCAUACGGCGCGCUUCGCAGGCGAUUGCGCAACCUCGUCGCGAUGCGGUUGCGGCAGAGGAAGCCCGCCGCCGCGCACCUCUGCCCGUGCUCGACAAGAGUAGCGUCGACCAUUCCUUCUGUGCCACUGACGACGCACAGCUCACGGUGGAGAGGGCCGGUGCCGAGAAGACGCUUCUGUUUAAAAGAUGGAUCAGCCUCCACGAAAACCUCUCCGCCCAGCUCCGCCUCUUCACCGAGGAGGUGGAGCAGCGUCGCAGGCUGCUAGGCGAGUUCCUCUCGUGCAAGCACCCUUUCCCGUGCAUGUGCCUCAGCUGCGAUCUGGAGGUGCUCGCCAUGUCAGCUGUGCAGCUGGAGCCUACCGUGAAACCCGCCUGCUGGUACGCCUCGGUUGUGCUCGGUCGCCACAAAGACGUCUUGCAGGAGGAGCUGCUGGCACGCUACCGUGCAGAGCGUCAUCGCCUCUACGACCUCUUCAAGGUAGAGUUCAGCGCCCUAUACACCUACAAGAAACUCGUGUCGGAUGAGGCGCAGCGGUUUGGGCACAUGAUACGGUAUCAUGAGUUUUGCCUCUGUGCGGCAGCGUCGCGCGAAUGCGAGCGGCAGCAGCUGCGCAGCGAAGACUUGCCACUGGCCGAUGUCGUGACGCCAAGACCCUCCUCUGCUAUCUCUACCGCACUCACGCCGGAGCAGACGGCGCCGCUGGAAGUCGUUGACAAGUCUGCAGCUGCGCCUCCGAUGCAUGCACACUUGCUCCACCGCGGUGGCUCGCGCAUGUGGCAGUUGCGGCAGCGUCGACUGCGCUGCUGCGACGCCUUCGACUCCCCUUUCUUCUCGUAUGUGCUGUACACAGAAGUCUUGACGACCGUCGCCGCAGAGGAAGAGGUGCGCACCAUGCGGAUGGUGUCAGAGACGGCCGAGCGCGCGGAGCUGAAGGCGUCUAUGAUGGCCGAGAAGUCGUUUGCCUGCCUCAGCGAGAGCGAGCGGCAAGCCCGCGUGCGGAUAAGCGCGCAGCGGGAUGAAGCGUACAGCGCCUUGUGCGCUGGGCCUCUCGUCGAGCUGCAGGCGGCCCACGCGGCAGAGCUGCACACAGCACAGGUUGCGGAGUACGCCAAGUCGUGCGAGGAGGCCCGGCAGAGCUUCGUGGUCACUGCGGUGGCGGCGAAGAUGGCAGCCGAGGAGGGGGAAAUGAACUGGUACCGCCACUUUGUGUUCGAAAUGCGGCAGCGUUCCUUGGCCCUGUUGGUCGCCGGCCGCUCUGCCGCGCAGGCGACGACGGCGUCGCGGGAGUGGUUAGGCUGUCAGCAGCACGUGUCACUGUUUCACAGCGAGCGACGAUUGCGCGACCGCGUUGCGCUGGUGGAGGAGACGGAUGCGCGUGUGCGCAUAAUGGCGGCUGCCGAAGCGUCUUUGAGGCACGCACGCAAGCGCGAAGCUCGUCGAUUGAGCGAGGAGGCGGCGGACAUGCGAGAGGCUGUGCAGCGCGUGGCGGAGUCGGUUCGGCGCGCACACGAUGUGGAGGAGGCGGCCGUACGCGCCCAGCUGCAGCGGGAGGAGCGUGCGGCGGAUCCGAGCAAGCGCCCCAGCGCCAAGAUGCGAGCCGACACCGUGAACUCCUUUUUCAGGAUGACAACAGAGAUCAAGGAGGAUUUUGAUGUGUUCUUGCCAAGUCUCGGCAGUGACGCAUGA